AUGCCUAAAAUACUCAUAUAUAAUUACGUUUUAGUUCUUUUAUUAUUAACUAACAAUUUCAUGAAAAUUUUUGAUUAUGUGGAGAGCAAAAAUUUGAAUGAUAUUUGUGCACAUAACUCAAAUUUAAGAAAAAAAAUUAAGGAAAAUAAAACGGUCAUAAUAAAAUUCCAAAUUAAGAAGUAUCUUUUUGUAAACUUAAAAAAAAAGAUAAAAAAAACAUAUGAUAAAAUAAAAAAUGUAUUUAAUAGAAAUGAUAUUAAUAGAAAUGUGUGUGUAUUUAAUUUCAGUAGAAAUAAUUUAAAAAAAAAACUUCAAAAAAAAUUGGUUCUAACUUACGAAACGACUGAAAAUAAAAAUUCAAUAGAUAAAAAAAUUAUAAAAAAUUAUCCCAUUUUCUGUGUUUUUGAAAAGUUAUUACAAAAAAAGAACUUAAACAAUAAUAAAGUAAAAAUAAAAUUAAAAGUAAAAAAACAAUUAUUCUUAAAGAAAGAAAAUUCCUUUAAAAUUCCACAGUUAUUUUUUAUUAACAUAUGUGUUAAAAAUAGAAAUCAGAAGAAAAGAAAUUCCAAAAAAUAUUUAAGAAAAUAUGAAGAAUUGUAUCAAAUAUUUACGCCGGAAGAAAAUGAAGAAAAUGAAGAAAAUGACUAUAUUUCAAAAGUGAAUAGACGCAAUAUAUCAAAUAUUAUUAUUAAUGAAUGGUGUAUAUCUAAAAAUGAGAAUAAAUAUAAUUUAACCUUAAUGUAUGAUUAUAUAUCAAAUAUGCAUAAUACCGAAUAUGAAGAUGUAAAAAGUAUAAAUAAUCUAAUAAAAAAUAAUGAAUUAAUUGAAAAAGAAGAAUACAAGGAAAAGCGUAAACCUUACUUAACUUAUAAAUAUAAGUAUAAAUACUUAAAUCCUAUUGACAAAACAAUUAAUUUUUAUGAAUAUGAAUAUUAUAUUCCUAAAUUAAUAACAUAUGAAGAAGAUAUUUCUACUGAAUCUAAAUUUGUUCCUUCUAAUUUUAACUCGCCUAAAUGUUAUAAUAAUUCUCCUAUAAAUUUCUUGACAACUAGUGGGUUUAGUAGUCGUAAUAUUGAUACUUUUGGUAAAGAACGAAACAAGAUAUAUUCAUUUAAUACACCAACAGAUGUUAAAAGGAAUAUUUUCUUUAAUGAUUUGAUGUUAAUAUCGUCUUCAUACAACCAGCAUUUUUUUUCUAAUUUAUGCUUUUUGUUAAAUUUACACACAUUACAAAUAUUAAUACGAGAUAAAACUGCUAUAGAAACAGAUUUCAUAAUUGAUAAAUUUGAUCAAUUAAAAGAAAGGUUAAUGAAAUUAAGUUCUCAUAAUUCUAAGAAAAAUAAAACAUCUUUAAAAAGUGAUAGAACAACUAGCACUGAAAAUAAAAAUGUAAAUGAUGUUUCAUGUUGUAAUUUUAAUUCAUUUAAUUCAUUAUUAGAAUCUGAUACAGAGAUGAAUAAAAACAAAUAUACAGAAAACGAAAAAGAAAUAAAUGAAAAGGACAAAGAUAUUAUAAACAAAGUUUUUGAUGGAGUAAAGAAGGAUAAUGAAUAUAAUAAUAACGUAGAGGAAAAAAAUGUAAGCAGUCAAAACGAUAGUGAAGAAAAUUCCAAUGAUAAUGACAAAAUUGACGAAGAAAUAUCGCGUCAUUUAACAUACAAAAAAAGUUUAUUUGAUGAUAAAAUUCAAAUAUAUAAAAACAAAUAUGAUCAAAAUAUUUUAGAAGAUAAAGAAUUUAUUAAUUUAUGGAAAUAUGAUGAAAAUGGUGAAAUAGUAGAAAAAUUAAAUAAAGUUCCUAUACCUAAAAUAUAUUUAAAUAUUGAUGACCCUAAAUUCUGCAUGUGGAAGAUUUUACAAAAUUCAGGAAAAUUUGCAUUCAAAGAAAUUCCAACACCAAAUAGAAAAUUAGAAGCAUGGAGACAACAAAUAAACUUAAAAUCAUUUUAUAAACAAAACUUUGAUACCAGCAUAAGUUUAAGGAAUAUUUCAAAAGAAGAAUUAAUAAAUUUUAAAAUGAAAAUAAUAGAUAAUUCACAUAUGAAGGAUGAAAAUAUGAAAAAUAAUAAAAAAGAAAAUCAUGAAGAAGUUUAUGAUAAAAAUAAUUCAAGUAUAUUAAAUCAAAAAAAAAUUCCAGAGGAUAUAAAUUUAUACAGCUUACAUAAUAAAAAAUGUGAAAAUCCCAAUAAUGAAGAAACUCUUAACAAAAACUUAAUAGAAGAAAAUUACGAUACUAAUUGUAAAAUAAUAAAGAGUGAUGAAUAUUCUUCACAAAAAGAAAAAAAUUUUAAAACGGAAUCUCAAAAAGAAUUCAAUAAUUCAAAUUGCAAUAAAGAAAGUCAAGUUGACAAUUAUAAAAAUCAAUAUAAAAAUGCAUUUUAUACUUUGGUUGUAAGAGAUGGAAUUGUUGAUGAAUAUUUAUCUGAUGACAUAAGCAUUAUAAAAAAAUUAAAUAAUGAACUGAAGGAAUCAGCAAAAAAAAAAACAGAAGAUAAAAAUAAUAUGAAUGAAUAUAAUAAUAAUGAAAACACUGAAAAAAAUAAAAGCAAAAUAUUUGUUGGUAGUUUUUUUAAUGUAAAAGAUGUUGAAGUAGAAUAUUUAAUUAAUAAGGAGUUAUAUUUUAUACCUGAAUAUUCUAAUUGGCAUAAAAAAAAUACACAGCCUUUUAUUAGGGGGCAAAUUGGUAAACAGUCAAGAAAAUUUGAUAAUGAUUAUCCAAUUUAUGAUUAUAGAAAAAGUGACUUCGGUAUGGCUAAGUUUUCUUCUUUAAAUUUAGCUUCAAUAAAAGAUUGUGCAGUUAUUUAUUUAGAUGAAGAUAUUGAUUUAAGUGAUAAAUUUAUUCAUGUUAUAUUUAUAGCUACAUCUAAAAAUGAAGAUGACAACAUAAAUAACGACGAAUCAAGAUACAGUGUUUUUGAAAAUACACCAAUUAAUAUUGACAAAGAAGAUGUUAAUAAAAAUCUUGAAGGCAUUUAUGAGAAUAACAUCCCUGAAGGUGAAAAUAGAGAUAUUGAUAAGAAUAAAAUUGCAGAAAAAAAAGAAAUAGAUAAAAUUGAUAUCAAUAUAGAUAGUAAUUUAACUGAAAACUAUAAUACAGAAAAGACUGAGAAUGAAAAAAAAUAUAUUGAAAAAGAAAAAAGCAUAUUUACCGAAAAAAAAUUAAAAGAACAUAUCCACAAUCCAAUAAUUAACCCAAGGUUAGUUGUUUACGUAAAAAGAAAUAGUAAAUUAAAUAUUUAUGAAUCACACAUAUCGUUAAAUAAAAAUAACAGUGGCCUAGUUAAUGCUUUCUCUAGAAUUUCCUUAGAAGAAAAAUCUACAGUUAAGCAUACUUUAUCUCAAGAAUUAGGUAAUAAUGUGUGGCAUUUUCAUAACGUUUCAGUAAAAAAUGGAUUGAAUGCAAACUAUAAGUUUGUAGAUAUACUUUUAGGUAGUUUAUCAUCACGAGUUAAUUUGCAAAUAGAAGGAGAAAAUAAAUGUAAACAAGAAAGUUAUGGUCUAGCUUUGUUAAAUGAUAAACAAAACAUAAGUCAGUAUGAAAUGUUUCAUCAUGAGCAUCCAUAUAUGGACACAAAUCAAUUAUUUAAAUUUUUAGUAUCAGAUAAAGCACAUGCUGUUUGGAGAAGCAGAGGUAGAAUAGAACGGAAUGCAAUUAAGGCAAAAUUAAAUACCCUAUGUAGAUCUAUUUUAUUGAAUUUUGGUGCUAGUGCUGUAUCAAUUCCCACUCUUGAAAUAAUUCCUAAUGAUAUAGAAUAUGCAAAUCACGGUGCAACUAUAAGUGAUUUAGAAAAAGAACCAAUUUUUGUUUUGAUGACAAGGGGAAUAUCUGAAAAACUUGCAAGAGAAAUAAUGAUGAAAUCUUUUGUAAAUGAAAUUCUUGAACACAUAUCUGACGAAAAUCUGAAAAAUAGGGUUUACCAAAAACUUCUGCAGAUUUCUCUUAAAUGUAAUAGGAACUCCUAA